AUGUCAGCAGAAAGCCGCUCGCCAAGGGUACAGCGGCGGCGGCGGCAGCAGCGCCCCGCUUCGGACGCGGGAGGCGCCGGGGCUCAGGCCCGCCGGGGAAUCGGGCCUUGUUCCCACGAACAAGGCUGGCAGCGGCGGCGGUCGUCGUUCGCAGGGCCCGAG